AUGGCUGCUCCUACCAACUCCAAAACUACCGAUGAGAUCCGCUUGGUUAGCUGGAAUAUCCGCAUGGACGCCCUAUCUGAUUCUAUUACCGUUGAUGAAACUAUUGCUGGUUUGCCAACUGAACUUCCUUCGGACCCGGAGUCGUAUUUUCCCAACACUGCUGAACGUCCCUGGAGCGAGCGCCGCAUCGCCGUAGCAAAUACUUUGCUCUUUGACCGCGCCGAUCUUAUGGGUCUCCAAGAAGUAACGAAGCGUCAAUUGGAUGAUUUGGAGAUUCUACUUGGCAACGAUUAUGCCAAUAUUGGUGUUGGUCGCGAAGAUGGAAAGGAAGACGGCGAGUAUAGCCCGAUUUUCUAUAGAAAAUCCGCUGCUAAGCUUAUCGAGUGGGACACCUUCUGGCUUAGCGAUACGCCAUUUGAACCCUCCAAGUACCCUGGUGCUGGCAACACCCGUAUUUGCACCACGGCUCAGUUCAAGGGCAAGUCUGGCAUAUUUACCUACAUGAACACUCAUUUGGAUCAUCUUUCCGACGAGCAACGUGGUUAUGGUCUUUCCUUGAUUUUGCACCGUGCCAAGUAUGAGGCCAUCAAGACUAAGCGUCCUGUGUUUGUCACUGGUGACUUUAACUCGCGACCUGAUCAAUUGGGCUACCAGGUCAUCACUGGACAAGUUGAACCAUUGGAACUGAACUCGACUUUCACUGAAAAAUACAGCUGGAGCGACCAACAAGAGAAGGAAUUCGUUUUCAAGGAUUUGAUCGCGGAAACUGUGCCUGAAAGAAGAAGUGGUGACUAUGCUACAUUCACUGGGUUUGCCGAUCCUGAUGGCACGGACAGCUACAGCAGAAUCGACUUUGUGAUGGCUGGCUCCAAUGGCGGAUGGAAGAGCAACAGCUUCCGUGUUGCUGGAACGCUUACCGACAAUGGGUUGUGGUCUAGUGAUCACAAGCCGGUGAUUAGCGACCUUACCAUUUACAAGGGCAGAUAUUAA